AUCGACAUCACCGAGAAACCGACUCCCAACUUGAGAGGAAGGAAACGCGAAGAGAAACAUUGGGGAAUCCCCUGGAUUUUCGUAAUGUCAUUCUUCUCCCUCAACAUUCUCGCCUUUCGAAUACUGGGACUCUGGUUCCCCGAGGAGACUUCGUCAGUCUGCCGAAUAAUUUUAUACAGAAUCUACAAUGCAUUCGCAGUGACAGCCAUGUGCACCUUCGUACUGUCACAAUUUUUCGCAUUACUCGAGUGUCUCAAUGACACGAAGGAACUGACCAACGCCUCGUUCAUGCUGUUGACGAUGAUCGCAGUGGCUGGAAAAAUGUUCAACAUGACUGUUUACCGAUAUGAAAUCAGCAGAAUGGUCAAACUAUUCGAUCUCGAGCCGUUCAAGUCCAUGGACGACCGUGAAGUCGUGAUUAAAUCGAAAUUUCAUCGCUCUGUCAAGCGCUUUAUUUCCGUGUACGGAACGCUAGGAACAGCGACAUGCACCCUGAUAACCCUAUUUUCCCUGAUCCGCGACAUGCCUCGUCGUCAAUUGCUCUUCAAAGCCCGAUACCCCUUCGAUGAUUCGGCCUCAGUUGGCUACUGGGUCUCCUACAUUCAUCAACUCUACAGUCACUAUAUGGGGGCCGUCGUCAACAUGACUUUCGAUACAUUCGUCUCAGCCCUGAUGCUGGCCACCUCGGCGCAAUUGGAGGUCCUCAAGUAUCGGUUCGUCAUGAUGCCAAGUGCCAUGGAGAACGAGCGGGCUGAGACUGGCUGCAAGGGAAAUCCUGAAGAGGUUGAGAGGAUGGAGGCGAAGUACUUGAGGAAUCACACGAAUCAUCACCUAGCCAUUUUUGAAUUUUCGAAAAUGACGAAUGACACGUUCACCGUUUCAAUUUUCCUUCAAUACUGCGCCAGCUCCCUAGUCCUCUGCGUCAGUGUCUUCACGUUGACGCAGUUGAAACCCCUGAGCAAAGAGUUUAAUUCUCUGCUGAUGUACAUCGGCUGCAUGCUGGUGCAGAUAUUCAUAUUUUGUGACGCAGCGAAUGACGUUACUAUCAGGAGUGAAACAAUGGCUGAGGGCAUCUACAAAAUGGACUGGACGUCUCUGUCUAUCAAUAGCCAGAAGAGUCUGGUCCUCAUCAUGGCUCGCACUUUGAGGCCCAUAAGGUACACGAGUGGACAUGUUGUCAGUCUGUCUCUCGUUUCGUUCAGCAGUCUCCUGAAGCUCUCCUAUUCCGUCUACAAUAUCCUAACUCAGUCGUCUGAGUGAUCUACAUCAACAGCCGGAACUUCGGAUCAUGAAUUAAGAGAAAAAACUGGAGAACUCCCAAAUGAAUUGUUAUUAAUUACGAAUUGGUAGUUUACGAAUGGAACCUGAUAUUUGUUUUUAGAAAAUGAAGCUGUGACUUAUUCCA